AUGGAGAACCCAAAGCUUGAACAUUUCCCUCAGAUCUUUGACAGAAUUCGAGAACAUGAACUGAAUAUUUCAGAAAACUGCAGUUUUCAGGCUGUUUUAAACCACCUGAAUCUGACCAAAGACGGCGAUAAGUUUGCUGUGAGCCGACCUGUUAAACACCACAAACAUAUAAAUUGGUUACUACUGGAGAUGAAAAUCUAUGCCAUCCUCGAUGUGAGAGAAACUGACCAGACUUUCAUUUCAUAUAUUUGGGUUUAUUUAAGGUGGGACAACGAGCAUAUCUGGUGGGAUCCAGAUCAGUUCUGUGGAAUUGAUCACAUCUUAGUUCCCACUCAGUUUCUUUGGAUGCCAGAUGUGAAGAUUGAGGAAAUGACAGAACAAGACAAAGCCUCUCCCAGUCCUUUCCUCAACAUCAGGAACUACGGAUGGGUUGAAUUCAGAAACGAUCAGGUGGUGAUCAGCUCUUGCAAGAUGCGUGUUUACAAAUUCCCCUUCGAUAUUCAGAGCUGCAACAUCUCUUUCAAAUCAAUCAUGCACUCUGAUGAAGAAAUAAAGUUAUUCUACUAUAAGAACAACACAGAGAUCACAAAGUGGUCUCGGGAAACGCUGCAGACACAGUAUGAGUGGCURUUUGUCAGCAUGACAGUCACAAGCAAAACUGUCAAACAUUUUGGCUUCAACCAGACAAUGAUUGUUUAUACCGUAAACAUGCAGAGAAGGUCUGUCCUGUACAUCGCCAACUUCCUGCUGCCCGUCCUUUUCUUCCUGUGUCUGGACUUCGCCUCCCUCCUGAUGUCAGACACCGGCGGCGAGAAGAUUGGCUUCAAAAUCACCGUGCUGCUCGCUGUCACAGUGAUGCAGCUAAUUCUCAACGACAUUCUUCCCAGUUCCUCAGACAAGAUUCCACUGAUAGCGGUUUACUGUAUGGGGGUUUUUGGUCUUAUGCUGCUCAGCCUCUUGGAGACCAUUUUGGUGAUACAUCUCAUUGAUAAAGAUGCAUCCCAGGAUGAGGAGACAACCAUGAACCCAAACCUGAAUGAGGGUCAAGAGAGCCAACAGAACAACUUCUGCAACAGUUUUUUCRGGUUAAAGAAGCUGAAUCUCUGUGCAUCCACCAAUCACAGAGCUACUGUUGAAACACUUCCUGUCUGCAAAGAGGUCAGUAGCAGCCAACACAAUGACGUGUCUCUUACACUAGAAAAGCUCUCAGAUGAGCUUGGAGAGAUUAAGAAAACACUCACUUUCCUCAGCAGCGGAAAUGAGAAUGAGAAACCUGGAUACUGGACCCGAGUGGCUCAGCGAAUCAACAAGGGUUUUACAGUUUUUUAUGUCAUAGCAACCAUUCUGUUUUUAUUGAUAAUCUUUAUAAUGUGGUAUUCUGCAGACGAAUAAAAAUGAAAGCGUUUAUUUUAAACAUCUUUUCAAUUUUUUAAAAAUUGUUUAUUUGUGCAGUCCCUCAUUAUUAUUGCGUGGUGAAAGGGUUUUAAAUAUGAAUUUAUUUCAUAAGGGACAGUACAUAGUAAUCAAAAUGAGUUCAGUAAAACAGCCGUGUAAAUGUGUCAGAUUUAGCCAAGAGCGAUAAUUUUUAUCUGCAGUCCCCUGGCAGGUUGAUAGUGAAAAAUAAUACAAACAAACAAACAAAUGAACAAAUAAAAAAUUGUCAUACAUGGAAGAACACACAAGACAUAUAAUUUGCAACAAAUAAGAAAUGGUUUUGCAUGUAAAUAAACUAUCAUCUGCAUAUAACUGACAUGUGACAUCAGAGAAACAUGCAUCUGACUAUGGAGGGCCAAAACUGUCAAAAUUAAAAAUAAAAGC